CGGGCGUUCUCCGGUGGCCGUCUGCAAGUAAACCACCUUCAGCAUGGUAUCAGCUCGCAGACCUUCAAGGCACAGGUCGCCGUCGGAUCUUGGUUCAACACACCCCUUAUGCCCGAUCUCAGCGUCGCUACAAAAAUCAUGCGAAGGAAAAUGGGAAGGGAGAAGGGAGAAGGGAAGGGAAAAGAGGACUCACGCCCUGACACAAUUGACGUCGAUUCUGAUUGA